CGCAGAGCAGACGCUUUGUUAGUGAGGGAGAGGCAGAUAGCACUGUGAAAUAGAGAGUUCCCCUCUCUUGCGAUUUUUAUUUUUAUAUAUAUAUUAUUUUUCUUAGUAAGCUAGCAGUGCUACACGUGUAGAAAACAUGCAAUAAUUAUAUCAAUUUUAAAGGCCAUCAGGAAGUUUCGAGCUGCUCAUAACCCACAUUAAAGUUAGGCAGCUAUAACGUUAGUUAUCUCGGCUGACAUCCGUUUUAGAUUGACACUAGUCGCUUUUGCCUUUAAAUGUCGUUUAGACGCCAGAUGAAUUAUUUUCGCGUGGAAGGUGAAGUGAAGAGACGCGUUAGUGUUCAGUUUGACCAGCAGUGUGUGUGACUGAACCCACUGACACGGUUUUAAACGUAACCCGCGACAUAACCGGCACGUUUACGUGAAGAAACGUUCACGUUAACAGCUAUUUGUUAAUUUGACGUCGUGUAUUGCUAGUGUAGGUUAACAGAAAGACCGUGACUCAGUAUAAACCAAUCUGGAUGCUGUUAGACAUUUUGAGCAGACUUGGAAGCGAAGUCUUGGAGUCGUAGUUUUUUUUUUUUUUUUAGGUUUAGGAAAGGAUGAAGUCUAAAAUAUCCGUUUGGAAAACGAAUUGAGUGUUUUAUACUAGUAGUUUUAAUAGUGGGGGAGGAAAUAUUUCCCCCUUUUACUUUCUUUCCUUUAGCUCGAUGCUGAAGUGUGAAAACAAACUGCCUCAAAUGUUACGCUAGAAACACCUCAGCCUUUCCAAGGGGGUCUUGUAAACCAAGUUUAUUUGCCAAGUCAAGUUUAUUUGGCAAAUAUAGGUACCCACUCAGAGCACAGAUUUUGCUUUUAGAUCAAGAAAUCCUCUCACACAGCUGUGGUUUCGCUAGCCGGUGUGCUAGCCUCGAUAUCAGCCCUCAGAAAUGUCGAAUAUCUCCAACGAAGCUGUGAUCUUGAUUAAAGAUGUAAAGCCCGGAUCGAAAAACCUUAAUAUCGUCUUUAUAGUUUUGGAAAUCGGUCGGGUGACGAAGACAAAGGACGGGCACGAGGUGCGCUCGUGCAAGGUGGCGGAUAAGAGCGGCAGCAUCGCCAUCUCUGUGUGGGAUGAGCUGGGCAGCCUCAUCCAGCCCGGGGACAUCAUCCGCCUCACGAGAGGGUAUGCUUCAAUCUGGAAGGGGUGCCUUACACUGUACACUGGAAGAGGAGGAGACUUACAGAAAAUAGGAGAGUUCUGUAUGGUGUAUUCUGAGGUUCCUAAUUUCAGUGAACCAAAUCAAGAGCUGCUAGCACAAGCUAACCAGCAGAACAAGACUGGUAAAGAACAGCGGGGAAAUUCUCCACCGAAUCAAAAUGCAGGUACUCCUGCGCAGACAGGAAAUGGCACUGUGCCAGUAUUUCCCAAUAACAGUGCUGCACCUAUGCCUCGGGAACCCAAUUUUGGGGCUCCAGGAAGACCAAAUGGGCGUGUUCCAGGCAAUGGACCACCCCCAGUAACUGCAGGGGGACCUCCUGCUCCAUCCAAACCCACAGUUACCAUUAGCAAUGGCAGGGACCCAAGAAGGGUUUCAAAGAGAUGAGACUGCAAAACCACUUCCAUCUUCCCACUCCUUCCUAAAAUUCAUCCACAAACUAUCCAUACAAUACACAAAAUAAUACUGCCAAUCAAGAGAUACGAGGUCCAAUGCUACUGUUUUACCACCUGUGCUUUUUGCUUUGUAAUUUGCCAAUAUUUGCAUAGUAUGAUUUUGUUUAUCAUGAAAGGUUAGAAUUGAAUUAGUUAGUUAAUGGUUGGCACACUCUUCUCUUUGCCAAUUGAGUGCUGGUUCAUUGGCCCACCAUUUAUUUCCUUUCCCUAAAUGUGUUGUUGAACUAUACACCCUACUUGAACACUCGAUGCACUUUCUUCUGUUAAUUUAUAGUGAAUGCAUUGUCAUGUGAUUCAGGAAUGAUUAACUGCUGUUGCAAAUUGGGGAGUGAACUUCAAAGUGACGAUGAUUAUAUGGGUUCUACACACCCCUUUGGCCAAAAAAUAUACCAGAAGUGACCAUGUGAAAGGAAAGGUGAUAGUUUGAUUGAACACCUAAGAUAUUUUAAUUAGGAAUAAAUCAAGAACAAAAUAUUGGGAAAUUAA